AUGACGAAACCAAUUGUGCUGCACAUUGGUGAAGCAAUCAAGUACAAUAAAGAUUUCUACCAGGAUGAAUUUCUGAAGCGAUUCGACGUCAGGCAGAACGAGGAGCUCGACCGUGCCUCGUUCAUUCAAGCUUUGAAGGACAAAAAAUAUGGCAACUUUUCAGCCAUCUUCCGCCCACACUUCCAGACCGGCGGCGAGAUGGGUCAAUGGGAUGAUGAGCUGAUAUCGCUCCUCCCGUCUUCGGUCCGAGUUUUCGCAUCGGCUGGGGCGGGCUUCAACUGGGCGGACGUCGAUGCGUUAGGCCAUCGAAGGAUCUGGUACGCCAACGGGGCAGGAGCUUCUGACGAGGCUGUAUCUGACACCGGGCUGUAUAUGAUCCUCUCCGUGUUUCGCAACUUUACUAAGUCGCAGCUCGGGGCUCGAACUUGCGAUCCGGAGGUUUUUGACGCCACACACAAGGUCAUCGCGACCAUCUCUGCCAAUCCUCGUGGUCAUGUGCUUGGAAUUAUCGGGCUAGGGAACAUCAGCAAGAAGCUAGCAUACAAGGCACGGACAGCCCUUGGCAUGGAAAUCCACUAUUAUGACAUUGUUCGGUCUUCCGAGGAGACUGAGAGGGAGCUUGGCGUGAUAUACCAUGCCACGCUGCACAGCCUCCUGGCAGUUGCGGACUGUGUCAGCAUACACACCCCGUUGAAUGCGCACACUUAUGACUUGAUCAACGAUGAAGCGAUAGCAGCGAUGAAGUCAGGGUCACGGCUCAUUAACACUGCGAGAGGGCAAGUGGUAAAUGAAGACGCUUUGAUCAGAGCCCUUGAAUCAGGCAAGAUAUCCGCUGCCGGGCUCGACGUACAUUACCACGAGCCACAAGUUUCGAAAAAACUCGCAGCCAUGGAGAAUGUCACCCUGACAACACAUAUCGGCGGUGGCGCGCUCAACACUCGCAUCAACUUUGAGCUCAACGCCAUGGAGAAUAUUAUUGCCGUUGUUGGAGGCGAUGGAAGUCUCAUUGGAGAACCGUUGACUCCAGUCAAUAGGAAGGCAUUUGAGGCAGCAUCCGAUCCGACAUAA